AUGGUUUGGCAUCUUCGUACCGAUCUCCGCCGUGUGAGGAACGGUGAUAAUGUAGCCAUCGGUAUGCAGCUAUCAGUGACAGAUGUCCCAUCUGCUGUUCGACUCGUCCGAGUCUUACAGCAGGACAGGAUCACAAAUACGCGAUUGGGAUUCCUCUACAGGACUUUCGACUUUGACGUCUGGGAGGAGACAACACCUUUCCCCGGCUUAUUCUUCGACAUCGUCAGCCGGUUCUCAGCAACGUACGACUCGUUCUACGCGACGGCUAUGAACGUGGAUCGCUUCAUUCCCAUACUCCUCAAUGCAAUCUUCCUGGUCCUCCCCUACCGCCUUCACAGCAUCUUGGAGGAAUGCGCCCAGACGGUGGCAGAAGAGGUAGAACUUUCAGUCAAUACGGUGUUGGAUAUUGCACUAAAUGACGAACAUGCCGUGCAGCAAGACGGAUACGCCCAGCCCGGUCCGGCAUCGCCGGUGCCUAGAUCUGACGCACUGGCGUCCAACGCCGAGGAAGUCCCCUGGGUAGCCGAAGAGAUUAUCGCCGCCGCAUCGUCGACCGAUCACCGAGCAUUCCGGCUGUACACACCAGACGGGGAUGGCUUCCCGACCCAGGAGCAGUAUGCUGUCUUCAAAAACGCUUCGGAAAUCCAGGAGCAGAUGACCAUAGUGUUCGGGUAUCCCACACGGGGUGGCAUAGCAAACAUCGAAGACGGGACGGGUCCGAACGACUGGACGUGUCCGAUAUGCCUGGAUGAGAGAGACAGCAGCGUCAUCACCCUGCCAUGCAACCACGCCUUCCACGGUAGCUGCGUGAAGAAGUCGCUCGAGAUGAGACCCGACUGCCCGAUGUGUCGGCUGCGGUUGCAUUACGUUUAG